UAUCGUGUUUGGCCUGUCAAACCGAGUGACUUUUCACCGGAACGACGAAACUGGAGUAACAGGGAUGCACAUGACUAAAAAGACAAGGAACACAAUGAAACCACCGUCACAGACUCAGUCUUCUCCCGUAAACAGCCUGGUAUUUGAAGGUGUGUACAACAACGCUCGGAUGCUUCACUUCCUCACAGCGGUCGUGGGCUCCACCUGCGAUGUGAGAGUGAAAAAUGGCACAGUGUAUGAGGGGAUCUUCAAGACUCUGAGCUCUCAGUGCGAGCUGGCCGUGGACGCUGUUCAUAAACGAAGUGAUGGAGAUGAAGGAGGGGGAGGUGAGGAGGGAGGCGGAGGAAGCCAGACGUCUGCCCCCAAGAUUGAGGACAUCACUGACACCAUGAUCUUCAGCCCGACCGACCUGGUCACCAUGACCUGCCGGGAUGUGGAUCUAAACUUCGCUGUCAGAGACACGUUCACCGAUACAGCCAUUGGCCCGUCGCGGGUGAACGGCGAGCACAGAGAGAAGGUGCUGCAGAGGUGGGACGGAGACGGAAAUGGAGAAAACUUCGAGCUGGAGUCAGACACAUCAAACGGCUGGGACGCCAACGAGAUGUUCAAGUUCAACGAGGAGGCGUACGGCGUCAAGUCCACCUACGACUCCAGCCUCUCCAUGUACACCAUGCCUUUGGAGAGGGGGAACUCCGAGGUUUACCGGCAGCGUGAAGCGCGAGCAGCCCGGUUAGCCGGCGAGAUCGAGGGCAGCCUUCAGUACCGCCGGCGGGUUUCCUUAGAGAACGACGAGGGCAGGAGCGAGGAGGACAAAUACAGCUCUGUGGUCCGAGAGAGGGAGGACAGGGCCAGCCCCGGAUUCUCCUCCAGCGGCAGGGAAGGUAAAUACAUUCCCCGGGCCCGAGAGAUCGGCCUGCCAGCGAGGGCCGGAGCCUCCGGUCGAUCCGCGGCGGCAGCAGCGACCUCCUCCAGGCACCCGCCGCCCAGCUCCUCCUCGCCCAAACCGCCCUCUGACAGGAGCAGCCCGCUGUCCGUCAGAACGGCCUACUCUCCUCACCAAUCACAGAGCAGCCCGCCUGCCGCCGGCAGCCCGCCCUGCACCAAUCACGUCCUCCCACACUCGCUCUCUCAUCCUCAGGCGCUGGCCGACACCCCCCGCUCGUCUGUCAACGGAGUUGCGAUGAGAACUUCCCCAAAAUCUCAGAGACUUCAGAGAAACCUGCGGACCCCCCACUCCCAGUCCUCUCCUGCAGUCUCUCGUGCUCCAAAACCAGACGCCCCUCCCCAGGACCCCCCGCCGGGUGGCCCUGCCUACCUGGACUCAUCACCCUCCGCUGUCACCACGGCAACCACCACCAUCACCGCCACCACCAAACCAUCCGGCCCCACCCCUCUCUUCCCUGUCGAUGUGAAUGAAAUCCUGAGUUCAGCAGCUAAAGAGCGAAGUGAGAGUCAGUCCAGUCCUCAGGACGGCAAGAGCAGCAAAGCUCCGUCGGUGCAGCAGAGGUCUCAGCUCGAGGAGCUCCGCAAGUUUGGGAAAGAGUUCAGGCUGCAGCCCAGCUCCUCUCCCUCAGCGAGCCCGGCGUCUGCAGAUCCUCCUCAGCACAGCUCCGCCCCGCCCCCCGACUCCUCCUCUUCCUCCUCAUCCUCACCCGGCCCGCCUAAACCUGCCACCUCCCUCACCGCCUCUGCCCAAGAUCCGCAGCAGGCCUCCGAGGCGGCUCCCCUCACCACCACGCCUGCUGCUCCCACCCCUCCAGCUCCACCCAGACCCCAGUCCUCAGGGCCGGAGGGGGCGCCGCCUGGGAGCGCUCAGCCGACCCCGACCCCCGGCAGCGGGGAGGAGCCCUGUUCAGAGAGCAGUGAGCGAACAGAGGCUGUAGCUGCAGUGCAAGUGAAAAACUCGACACUGAAUCCGAACGCGAAAGAAUUUCUUCCCAUCAAAGGAAACGCGGUGCUGAAACCUGCGUCGACCCCUACUCCUCCUCGACCGACGCCCCCCAGCCCCUCUGUGGUGCUGCCUCCUCCCGGACAGCAAGGAGGCGGGGCCAUCUACAGCAACCCACCUGGACACUACCUGUCCUACGUCUCCCCGAUCCCCCUCCAAGGACACUCCAUCCAGGCUCCUCAGAUGUACCAGUACGCCAUGUCGACGGUGAACCAGGGCAAAUACCCCAGAGCCAAAGGGCCGGUGGUGGGGCCCCGCCCGGAGCACCACGCCUCCCCGGCCUCCUCCAUGAUCUCAGCGGCAGCCUCCGCAGCUGGACCCCCGCUGGUGGCGUCGCCUUACCCCCUGUCCUACCUGCAGUACGGUCAGGUGAUCCAGGCCAUGCCCCCACACUAUCACGGACAGACAGUCUACUCGAUGCUGCAGGCGAGUACAAGGAUGCUGACAUCCGGGGCCCCUCCUCAGCCGAUGGGUCCUGGCCCCCAGUACCCCGGCCAGGCUGAGGGCCCGGGGCCGCAGCAGGCCAUGUAUGCUCCUCAGGCGUUCUCUCACCACUCGGGCUCCAUCCAUCAUCCUCAGCCCUCCAGCACCCCCACUGGGAAUCAGCCCCAGCACACAGCACCCAGCCCAGGACACUCUCAGUCGAGUCAGGGCGGUCCUCAGCCUCAGUCCUUGUUCCACUCCGGAGGUCUGUCGGCUCCCAAUCCUCCGAACCUGCCGCCGGGACACAGCUCCCCGCAGGCCUCCUACACCAUGCAGGGAUACGGCCUCCCCACCCACCAGCCGCUGCCCCACGGCUUCGCUUCCAUCAGCCAACUCACACAGGCUCACGUCACCGGAGGCAUGUCAGGACCUCACCACUCUGCCGGCCACGGCCCCCCACCCGUCAUGCUGCACUACGCCCCCCCUCAGCAGGGCGGCGGCUCCAACCCCCAGCACGGCCCGCCGCCCCAACAGGGAGCGCCACAGCAUUUCUACAUCGGACCACACCAAGCUGUUCAGGUUCAGGCUCACGCGGCCCAGCAGCUGUCCUUCCACCCCUCUGCAAACUGAACUGUCCUCGAGGACGAAACCCCAGAAUCCCAAACAGCUCACAACAUUCCCGCCUCCCAACGCCCCUGUUUUUUUUGUUUUUUUUACCCAGGUCUUUUAGAGCAGCAGGGGAAAGUUUUAAUAUGUAAGUACAGACUGUUUUCACACGCGGACACGAAGCUGGACUGACGACACAGACCUGUUGGAAGGUUUUGGACUGACGACAGUGGAAACAUUGUUUUUUUUCUCCCCAUCCCACCUCUGUCCUUUUACAAGAUGAAACCAGUUCAUUAAUAAUAA